AUGAUCGACGAACUCAUCCACUACUGCAUCCAGCAGAUCGGUCUCGAUGGUGAGGCCGGCACCGAAAUCGAUAGGCUUACCCACUACAUUCGCAACUUCCAUGCUGAGCACUCGUCUCGCUCUCAGCUACCUGAUCAGCUUGUCGACGCCUCCUAUCACGCCUUUGUCUUUUGUCAAUUGGUCAGCCAUCCUGAUGUCGGCGUGGGCCUCUUUGUGUCUGGCGUCCCUUUCAAAGGCGGUGCAAAGAGUGGCAUCUUCAGGAAGCUCUCGGCUCCCGAUAGUCCGGCAUCCAUCAAGUCAGAGGGUCGAGCCCACCCACCAUCCGAGUACGAUUGGGUCCAACUUUUACCCGAUCAACCUCUUGCAGAGCAGCAAGGUCUCUUCCAGCUCCAGCAGACUCAUGGCGAUCGACUCAGGCUAGUCCUCAACAAUGCGCUCAUCAAGCGCCUCCUAGUAGGCGCCAGUGAUGGCUUGUUGCCUCCUUCCGCCUAUCGAGCUCUUCAACUCAUCUGCCGUUCCAGAGAGGUCCCCGUGCUCAGCACGGAAAUCGGCUCGGCCCUCCACCUCGAUCAGAAGACCGUCUUCUAUAUCUGCAAGCGACUCGCCGACCUUGGUCUUAUUACCAAGAUCAGAGCUCGUGAGACCGGUAACUUCGCCAGCUACUUUGUCGCAACAAGCUUCGAGGAUCGCUGCGAGAUUCUCAUUCAGCAGAGGAACGCCGACAAUGCUGCCGACCUGCGCCAAUCUGCAGUUGAAGCGCCAGCAAGUGAACAAGCUCCUUCCACCUCGACCUCAACGAUGGUCGCUGGCCCCGACGAAAUCGGCAUCGAGUCCGACGAGGAUGCUCAAGGCCAAGACAUCGACCAAGAUGCCUCUGCCCCUACCGUCACUGUCAAGGAAGAGGAAGGACCUCAAGACACCUUACCAUCAAGCGAGCAUCAAAAAGAGCAAUAUCACUCUCAGAACAUUGCUCCACCGCGCGCUCCAGUCUUCGAGUACCUCGACGCUGAAAAAUUCCUUUUGUGGAACAACAGUCGUCCCGAGCUCUUGCGCUUCCGCAUCUAUCUGGCUUGCGACGUUACCUCUUCCAAAGUCACUGCCCGUCUCGGUCUCAUGCGUCGCAUCAACAUUGCAUCCGCCCAACCUCAGCGCAGAUCCUUUCACAACUUCCUCAAACAUGCUAUCGUAGAUGGCUUCCUCCAAGUCGUCAACAUCUUUAUUGCGAGCACAGGAAGAACCCACAAGGGUCUCAGGAUGACGUCCAAAGGCAACGACGAGAUGCAAGAAUUGCUUCGCGGUGACUUUAGCCAUGCCACAUCCUUAGAGGCACAAGCCAAAGCAAACAGGCUCAAUCUCAAGCUCGCGCAGGACCUUGCCAGAAUUGACUCGUGCCUUCCUCGCGAACUCACCUUGGAGCGUUUUCUUUACGAGCAGGUCGCCCGCGCCGGUCCUUCCGGACGCACCACAGCCCAGCUCAUGGCGCAGCUCCACGCCAACGGCCAUUUUUCCCGUACAAUUGAGCAGCUCCUACAGCGCGCCGAAGAAGCUGACGGUGAGCCCUCGAUGAGCGAUAUGCAGAUCCGAGAGUUCCACGAGCACAAGGUGAGAAUUCGCAGCACGAAAAUCUACAGCCACCAUGCCUGGGUCUUGCAGUGCGCCAACGAAGGCUACCUUGAUCAGGAUGACCUCGAUCUACUCGCUUCCGCCGGUGGGCCUUCUUGCUUCCAUCAGUUGUCUACUUCUUGGACUGCACCAGAACAAGUAUCCGAAGGUUUGGCGUCUCUGAGCAAGGAUCUGUUCACCCCCACUCGGCGCAAGGGGGCUCCAAGGCUAGGUCGAUCUCCAACUAAGCUCCCUAUCGACGCCGAUCCCGACACUCCUGCUCCCAAAAGAGGUCGACCGCGCAAACAUCCUGUCGAACCCGAUGCGCCGCCCCCCAAAAGGGGCCGGCCCCGUAAACAUCCUGUCGAACCCAGCCCUGAUGAACCUGUUACGCCACGCAAGAGAGGCCGUCCCCGCAAGCAAUCGAUCGAAUCCGCAGCAACCAGACCAGCCGGCACUCCCGCUUCUGGUGCAGCAGGUAGUGCCUCAUCCUCUCGCUUCAGCAGCCCCACGCCUUCAGACGCUCAGUCUCCUGUCACUCCGGUCCCAGAAAGUACGUCGCGCGCCAAGCGGAAGAGGGGCACUGACACCCCAAAUGACAACCAUGACGGAAUGCCGGCUCCCGAAUCCCCUGCGGUAAGUGCAGCGACCCGUCGCAGUCGACGCUUGCUGCAGGAUCGUACCCCUGCUCAACCCACCUCGUUGCUAGCAUCUUGCCCGAUCUUGCCCGAGCCUGACGAUGCGCAAACAGCGGUAUCAACCACCAUUGAAGCUACCGUCGCAUCUGCUCCUGCCACUUUGGAACCAAAAAAGCAGGCUGCGGCUGUGCAAGAGACGACACAGACAGGACAGAGCACGCAGGACAGCCCUUAUGCAGCCAAAGCUCCGAAUGACACGUCUCGCGUGGCAGACUUGCUUGCUGCGUCGACCGAAAUGGAAGUGGAAGCUAAGACCGCCCUUCCUACCACCCCGCGCCAUGUCAAGCUCAAAAAGUCGAUCUCAACCCCAUCUGCGUCUGAGCGGAAAGCGAAAACGAAUUUGACGCAGCUGCGAAACUCGAAGGCACUCGUUCAGUGCAUCCGCCAGGCAGGUGGUGCUAUGGAUUCACUUCUCAUCCCCGAUCAGCUCUCCACUUUCGUCGAGACGCACGGAUUCGCCUCGAACGCGCAGCUCAUCAACUUGCGUGACAGGAAAGUGAGAGAAAAGGCACUCACGAGCGCAGUUGAUAACGGCUUGCUACGCCGUACUUACAUUCGCAUUGAUCGCCCCAACGUUCUCUUCCCAAGGCGCCAGAUCGUCUACCUUGCCGACUUACCCGCAAAAGAGCUGCAAGCUUAUUGUGAAGCUGUCAAGGACCGCCGAGAAGGCUGGUUCGACGGUAAGAAUGCUAAAACGAUCUUAACGAGCGUGACAGACAACGUGGAGGUGGACGUAGACGAUGCCACUCGCUUCGCCAAGCCGUGGCAUAUGCAAGAUGCCUUCCGCCUCUCCGACCUGCCGAACCAGCACGCACAGCUUGUCGCGCUUCGUCAGUCCUUCUGCGAUGUCGCCAGCGUCUAUCGACAACACUUUGGCUUUUUGGGUGGAGAAAUGAUUCGACUCAAGGCGUUUCACCACGCAUGUGCAAAGUUCAUCAAUCUGCGACAGUCAUCUUCCAACGCCGUUGCCGCUUCUGCUGGACUUCCUCUUAGCUUCUUCUGGACCGAAGCGCCACUCGAACUCUACUUCGCCUUCGUCCCUUUCUUCCAGAUACCAGAGUCGCUAGAAAGAUUGGCGCUCGACCCCACCGUCCGCUCGCUUCCAGUCCAUGCGGUAACGAACAAUCUGAAGGCUACGCUCGGCCUUUCGUCUGGAGUUCCGAACGAUGCAUUCGUUGCGCUUUACAGCCUUGCCACACAGCUUUCUGACCUGGGUGUCUGCAAGAUCAAUGCAGAUGCUCGGGGCAAACAGAAGGCUCACCUAGAUCCGCAAGCGACAAGUGUAGUGCCUCUUGACCACAUCGCUUUUUACGACUGGGGUUCUGAAGAGCAAGAGAAACCGCUCACAGAAGUCAUGGAUGUUGGUCUGGAUGCCGACAAGAUCAAUCUCUUCUGGGCCAAGAUGCAGUCGAGCUGUUUCAGGAUUCGGAAGGAUUUGGAAGGGAACGCUUCAGCGCUUGAUGCGAGCAGCUUGGAUGACGUCGAUGUCUUCAAGACGGUGCCGGAAGGGCUCGAGUCCGCAAUGUACGCGAGCAAGUCAUGGCGGCCCUAUCAUCAGCUCAGACCCUCGCAGAUCAAAUAUCUCUGGCGCGUUGAUGAUCGAGACAUCUCUUCAGCGACGCAGCACGACAUCGAGCGACUUGCAUACGUCACGCUAGCCCCUCAGCAGGUCGUUCGAGCUGUGCUGCAAGUCAAGUUGCAACAUGCCAAUGAGCCAGUUGAUAUCCAGAGAGCACCAGGUCUGCGACGCAAGAAGCCGCUUUUUACUUGGCCGCUGAAGCUUACGACGAUUUCACUUCCAACGCAAGCCUACAAGGCCGUCCUCGCAAGCACCGCCGGACCGCGCAAGACCACGCCCGCCGAACGCGAAAGACAGGGCCGCAUGACGACUCUUACCAAAGCCCGUCAGCUUCGUCAACGACGCGAUGAACAGUUCCAGAUGAUCCUUGACCAGGCUUUCGAGAACGCACCGGGAGCAGAUACUCUUCGACCCAAGAUCGAGACCGCGCUGACUGUCGUUCGCAGUAAGUUCGUCGCUGGAGAUGUCAGAUUCGAUGCUGAAGCGGUGCGAAGGGCAAUCUCGCGUGCCAUCCGAUCUGCUUCGGGGAUCAAAACGAUGCCUGCUGUUCGUGCUUCCGCGCAGGGACGCCGCAAGCGUCGAACAAGAGGAGCUGAGACUGAAGACCGUCAAGGAAGUGAUCUAUUUGACGAAGAUCGGGAUGAUGACGGAGACGAGGAUGCCGCAGCUGGUGGAAGCGGUAGAUCGACGCGCGAUCGCCGAAGCCGGCGCAACUUUGACCAGGUCAACUUCUGGACGCCUGCAAAGAAGGAAUUGCUGCGCGAUGCUGCAGUCAUUCUGCGCGUGCGCGAUCAGAUGCGCGGACGGAGCGACUGGUCGGCGCUCUUCCAGGUCAUCGACGAGGGAGAACGUGUCAAAACCAAAGGUGUCAUUAUGGCGCAAUGGCGCAACCAAUACUAUCGCAUGCGCUCGCUGUACGGCGAAGAGUCUUACCUAGCUGCUUUGGAGAGCCGCUGGAUUCCUGUCUACCUCGCUGCCCGAGAGGACGGAAGUCUGCAUGAUCCCAACUUUCCGGCUGCGACAGGGUUUGACCUCAAUGCACAGAUUGAGUUGCUUCGCGCCAAGAUUGACAAGAACGCAGUGCAACGCUCGCUAGUCAAACCGGUGGCGCGACACCAUCUUCCUCUGCAGCUGCAGCUGUCUACCGACCCUACCAACAGUUGGAAAGGCGAGUUCGUGGAGGAGCCAGUCGGAAGACGCUUCGAGCAGUUUUUCCCUAGCACCGAGUUGGGCGCUGCGACCAGGCGCUUUGAGACGCUUCUUGGCACAUCGUUUGGAGCUGAGGCAGACUCCAGCGGCGGCGAAGGGCACGCCAAUGUGGCAGAUCUCAUGGCAGAGUGGGCGGUGCGGGUUGUCAUCGCAAGUGGCUCUCCCGAUGCUGCGGAUCAGGACGCUACUGCGGAGGCACUUGCAGGAGCGUUGUCCGCACCCGCAUCCACCAAUGUGAAGCACUCUGCGCUCACGCCGGUCGAUGAGAUGACUAAAGCCGACUUCUGCAAAUCAGUCGGCGACACUCUCAUCGAAGAAGCCAUGCAGCGCCUGCUCGACGCCAAGCUGAUUCGAUCAAUCACAGUCGAUCCGAUGAUUCGUCGCAAGCCAGGCACCAACUUUGUUUUCACUGAAGAGCUGCAGAAGCUGUUUCCCGAUUCGAGCGCUGCAGAUCGUCUGGGCGGUGCAGAUCUGCAAGCCACCUUGACAAAUCGGCGAUCUGAUUUCCAAGAGGUGUGCGAUGCAUCGAACGGGCUUUUGGUCGAGCCAAUACAGGCGGAUGGAGAGGCAGCAGCCACCGUCCUGCUUAUGCAACUCGAAUUGAUGGAUGCUCAGAUUGACGGGCGGGCUUUUGACAGGCUACGUCAGAAUCCUGCCUUCAACGCUAGGGUUUUGAACGAUGAAGACCUGGAAGCUUUCAUCAGCAUCAAAGGAAGGGACGGGGCCAUGGACGCGCUUGAUGCAGCAGUGUUGCCUCUACCAGCUAUCCCGCAAGAUGGUGCACUUGAGUGGGUCUCGGCUGUCGGAGCUGGCACCGAUGUUCCGGAAGACGAAGUAGAGAGCCUCCGCAGUAAGUGGCUCGAACGCUUUGAAUCGAUGCUCACAUUUUUCAGAGCGACCGACGCUGCUGCUGCUGAGCGCUUGCAAAGCUUCGGAACGCAACUCUUUGAGGCAGGCCGCUUAGGUCUCACUCUCAACGAAGGAUCGACCCUAGUCGAUGUACAAGCCCUCACAGCAAGUCCGCUCCCACUGGCGUUCUUCUCACCUCUCACCUCGGAUGCCGUACUGAUCGCCUCUCCUUUCGUCCACACCUACGCCCUCAACAUCCCCUCUGGCGCCCAUCUUCAAGGAUCUCAGCUCACAGUACCACACAUCUGGACUACGCUCUCCUCUCCUUCUCUUGAAGCGUGGCGGCACCUGCUCGAAACGAUCGUCGCAUUGGUUUUCCAGCGUCCAGGACUCAACAUUGCUUGGCUAGCAUCCAGAUUCAGUACCACACUUGACACAGCUGAUGGAUCGAACAAGAGGGUCAUUGGGACGAGCUUUGCUGAUGUUUGGUUGGCAACACAGACUUUGGUUGAGUCGAGGAUUGUGGAGAUCAGGACUGAUCGGAUUCAGACGAUCGAUGGAGGAGAGGUUGAGAGAGGAUUUAUGGCAAAGUGGACACUGCAUCCUGGAUCAGCAAGGAAGAUUUGGGCCGGAUUCAGAUGA